AUUAUGUUCGUGUUAUGGAUAUGGGACUGCUGGAACUAACCAUUACAACAGUAAAAUGUGACUCUGAUGGAGAAAGAACUAAACCACGUUUUGAGCUGCACUGCUCCAGUGAUGUGAUCCAUAUUCGAACCUGCUCGGAUUCCUGUGCUGCACUAAUGAAUCUCAUACAAUACAUUGCAAGUUAUGGUGAUUUACAUCCACCCACUAAGACAGAGGUUAAACGUGGAGUUAGCAAGCCAAAAAUGAAGGUAGAGACCUUUAGCCAACCAUCCUCCCAUGGGCCAGUUCUUGCUGAAUCAGAGCAACAGAUUUUACGGGAUUUGAUGAGUGAUGCAAUGGAGGAAAUUGAGACUCAGCAGAGUGCUGCUGCCAUGAAACCAGAGUCUAAUGGAGUUUUGGAUGACAGAUCUCAGACUCAGGAACCCUCUUGCUCAGAUCUCUUCCUGUUUCCAGACGAAAGUGGAAAUGUCUCACAAGACUCCAGCCCCACUUAUGCUUCAUUCACUCAUCACUUGAUAAAUGAAGCCAUGGGAGAUGUUCCUGCAGAAAGUGAUGAUUUCUGCAUUCUUUUUGCACCCAAAGUUGCUGUUGCUGAAAAAGAGGAAGAGCCAGUUAUAAAAAUAAUGGUGGAUGAUGCAAUUGUCAUAAAGGACAAUCAUUUCAGCCAACCAAUUAAAAAAACAGAUACAAGCAAAGCUCCCCUUCAUUUCCCUGUUCCUCUGGUCCGCUACGUUGUGAAGGAAAUCUCUCUCAUUUGGCACCUGUAUGGCGGAAGGGAUUUUGGGGCUGCACCACCAACAUCUCCAGCUAAAAGUUUCAUAAGUCCCCAUAGUUCUCCUUCUCAUACACCAACGAGGCAUGGCCGGAAUACAGCAUGUGGGGGAAGAGGAAGAAACCCAGACUUCCUCAUGGAAAUACAGUUAAGCAAGGUGAAAUUCCAGCAUGAGGUGUACCCUCCCUGCGGGGCAGAAGGUGAUUCCUGUCUGUUGGAGCAGCCAGUGUCACGGCAGGUUUUUAUUGUGCAGGACCUGGAGAUUAGAGAUCGCUUAGCUACAUCACAAAUGAAUAAAUUUCUCUAUCUCUACUGCAGUAAGGAGAUGCCCAGAAAAGCACAUUCAAACAUGCUAACAGUUAAAGCACUACAUGUCCGUCCAGAGUCUGGCAGAUCCCCACAGGAGUGUUGUUUACGUGUUUCACUCAUGCCACUUCGCCUCAAUAUUGACCAGGAUGCCUUGUUUUUCCUGAAGGAUUUUUUCACUAGCCUCUCCACAGAAGUAGAACUCUUAGUUACUCCAGAUCCUGAAGUUAAAAAGUCUCCUGGUGCUGAAGUUACGUGUAGUUUGCCCAGGCAUGUCAGCAGCCUUAAGGAACCAAGUCCAGUCAUUUCCUUCUCAUCACCCAAGCAAGCAAAUGAAAAUGGUAGCAUUGAUUCUGUGGAUGUGGUUAAUGGAGAUGAUGAUCAUUUCUCACAAGAACCAACGUCAUACAGUGAUCAGCCAGUAUUUUUCAGAGAAUUUCGUUUCACAUCCGAAGUUCCCAUACGACUUGAUUACCACGGCAAGCACGUGUCAAUGGAUCAGGGAACACUAGCUGGGAUUCUUAUUGGGCUUGCUCAGUUGAACUGCUCAGAAUUAAAACUGAAGAGACUUUGUUACAGACAUGGUUUAUUAGGUGUGGAUAAAUUGUUUUCCUAUGCCAUCAGUGAAUGGCUCAAUGAUAUAAAGAAAAACCAGCUACCAGGAAUUCUGGGAGGAGUAGGGCCUAUGCAUUCACUAGUGCAGUUAGUCCAAGGUCUGAAGGACUUGGUGUGGUUACCAAUAGAGCAGUACCGGAAGGACGGACGGAUCGUCAGAGGCUUUCAGAGAGGAGCAGCUUCGUUUGGGACUUCCACUGCAAUGGCAGCACUGGAGCUAACUAACAGAAUGGUUCAGACUAUACAGGCAGCUGCAGAAACUGCAUAUGACAUGGUAUCACCAGGGCCUACCUUCAUUGAAGCAAAAAAGAUCAAGCGAUUCCCUCGCCAUCGUUUAGCUCAUCAGCCAGUAGACCUACGGGAAGGUGUAGCCAAAGCAUACAGUGUGGUAAAAGAGGGGAUUACGGACACUGCCCAGACCAUCUAUGAGACUGCUGCUCGUGAGCAUGAGAACAGAGGAGUCACUGGAGCAGUGGGAGGAGUUCUUCGCCAAAUCCCACCAACUGUGGUGAAACCUUUCAUUGUUGCAACAGAGGCAACCUCAAAUGUCCUAGGUGGAAUGAGAAACCAGAUCAGGCCAGAUGUGCGUCAGGAAGAGUCUCAGAAGUGGCGCCUUGGGGAGGAUUGAGGUUCCAAAUCUGGCUCAGCAGGCAGGGGGCAAGGCUGGCAAUGCAGAAGAAUGUCCUGUUGGCAGCUUUAGAUGGAGCUCACUUUGUUUUGUCGUGCUCAUCUCAGGAACAAAUGAGAUUUUUCAACUCUAAUUAGCAAAACAUCCAACCAAAAAUAUUUAUGAAGUGAAAAGCAAAUUGGUACCUGCUCAUACCAUGUGUUCCCGAUCCAUUGGGUGGAUAGUGCCAAACAUAGUGAAGCAUGUGCUGCCAACCCAGAGACAUGCUCUGUUCCAUUUACCAUAUUUUUCGUGGUAGAUUUAACAUCCACAGCAGUAGCCUGUAUGGUGAACAUAAGAGGUCUUUAGACAGGUUUUCUGAGCAUAGUCAAAGAACUGUCUUCAAUAAAGGGCUCUGCAGAUGCUCUUCACUGACUAAAGCUUUCACUGUGGAUGUGAGACAUGAAGGCUAUCUAAUAUGGAAGCAGAUGAGAUAAUACUGUGUAGUGGUCAUAAGCAUCGCUUUUAGCGUGGCACUUACAACAAGGACAAGCUUGAUAACCAUUCAGAGUUUAGAUUCAGUGUUGAUACACCUAUGAACAGGAUUGAUUCCGAAAUAUUAAAUACCUACUUUAGUGGGUUUUGGAAGAACCUGAAUGUUGCAGAGAUGUUCUGUUGUGUUGCACUUUAAAGGAUAUGGCCUGUAUAUUGUGCUUUUUUUAUAGUGUGAAUAAAAUGUAAUGUGCAUUA